AGCAGCUGUCUUCAUCAUUACAGCUGUCACACACACUCAAAUCAAAGUGAUAAUGUCUCACUCUCAAACUGAACUGACUCAAAAUCCUCUGGAGAAGAUCUGGGUGCCAUGGAUGAGCAGCAGACUGAGACGCAGGAGAGGCUGGCUGUUCACCUCACUGGAGUUCAGUUCACUGCCCUUUACACACACACUGAAACAAGACACGUGUACAGACAGAGUCUCUUAAGUCAUGGAAAUUAAUCAAAUAUGUGGGAAUAUAAAUGAGGCUUCUUUCUGUUGUAAAAUCAUAAUGUGUGUUUAAACAUGUGGUGUGUGUGUUUUAGCGUCCGUGCCGCAGUUCACUAACUCUCCCACGAUGAUAGUGAUGGUUGGUCUUCCUGCACGUGGAAAGACCUAUAUCUCCAAAAAACUCACUCGCUACCUCAACUGGAUCGGAGUUCCUACUAAAGUGUAUAACGUUGGACAGUACCGUAGAGAUGCUGUACAAACUUACAAGAAUUUUGAAUUCUUCCGCCCAGACAAUGAAGAUGCAAUGCAGAUUCGCAAAGCAUGUGCUUUGGCGGCAUUGAAGGACGUGUGUAGUUACUUCACUCAGGAUCAUGGACAGGUGGCGGUGUUUGACGCGACCAACACGACGAGAGAUCGCAGAGAAUUGAUUCUCAGUUUUGCCAAAGACAACGGCUAUAAAGUCUUUUUUGUUGAGUCACUUUGUGAUGACCCAGAAAUCAUUGCAGAAAACAUCAAGCAAGUCAAGUUGAGCAGUCCUGAUUACAUUAACUGUGAUAAAGAAGAGGCCGUCGCUGACUUCCUCAAGAGGAUCGACUGCUACAAACUCACAUAUGUUCCCUUGGAUGAUGAGAGAGACAGGCACCUGUCGUACAUUAAGAUCUUUAAUGUGGGCAGCAGAUAUCUGGUGAAUCAGGUGCAGGAUCAUAUUCAGAGCAGAAUCGUGUACUACCUGAUGAACAUCCAUGUCACUCCUCGCACCAUCUACCUCUGCCGUCAUGGAGAGAGUGAACUCAACCUUUUGGGGCGCAUUGGAGGAGAUUCAGGCCUCUCAGCACGAGGAAUCAAGUUUGCAGCUGCUCUGGGCUCAUACAUCAGAGGUCAGUGUAUCCUGGACCUGAAGAUCUGGACCAGCCACAUGAGAAGAACCAUCCAGACAGCAGAAGCCAUCGGUGUGCCGUAUGAACAGUGGAAAGCCCUCAAUGAGAUCGAUGCUGGUGUGUGUGAGGAGAUGACAUAUGAGGAGAUUCAGGAUCACUUUCCGGAGGAGUUUGCGCUCCGAGACCAGGAUAAAUAUCGCUACCGCUAUCCAAAGGGUGAAUCAUAUGAGGAUCUGGUGCAGCGUUUAGAGCCUGUGAUCAUGGAGCUGGAGCGGCAGGAGAAUGUUCUGGUUAUCUGUCAUCAGGCCGUCAUGCGUUGUCUGCUUGCGUACUUCCUGGACAAAAGUGCAGAUGAGUUGCCGUAUCUGAAGUGUCCUCUCCAUACUGUGCUGAAACUCACUCCUGUGGCCUACGGUUGUAAGGUUGAGUCCGUCUUCCUGAAUGUUGAAGCAGUGAACACUCACAGAGACAGACCUGUGAAUGAGGAUGCUCAUUGCAGUCACAGCUCGCUGUACCGCUCCACUCGUGUCCAGCCCAUGGCAAGUCCCGCACCCACCAGAGCGCCCUGUUUGCAGGAUCUGGGCUUGACUGAACUCAGUCUGCAGAAUGUUGAUGUGGACCGAGACCCAGAAGAUGCUUUACUGACUGUACCAGAACACAACUAGAUGACAAGUGCAAUUCUCCAUGAAACACUACAUACAGGAUAUUUUCCUUAUUUGUAGGGAACUGACGUGUCAUUUUUUAAUAAUUGUGAUGAAAAUGGCAAUAAUUGUGGUUUAUUAUGUUAAGUGGACUAGAUGAAGUCAGGAAGAUGUCAUGAAAUCACAUAAGUUUGUUUAAUACUUUAAUGAAAACUUAACAAGAGAAAGCCAGCUCGCAAGAAUUCAGUAUUAUGACAUUUUAACAGUUAUUUUACAUUUUCAUAAUGUUAAUUAUAUGGUAAAAAGUGGCGCUGCAGCUCCUUUAUGAGACAGAUGUUGAUGACUGCUGGUCCAGAUCAUGUUUGAUGAACUUUACAGCACACAGGGUUCAUUCCGGUGAAAAUGGAGAUCAAUGUGUAGAAAUUAAUCAGAACUCGUAUACAUGUUAAUAUGUAGCUGCUCAAAAUCGGGAAAAACAUUUAAUGUAAAUGCAGGCUGGUUUUCUAGUGCAGAAGUGACCUGCAGUACUGAUUAAGACUUAUAGUUCACAGAAUAAUUUAAAAUCUAUUACAUUUUUAGUAUUUUAGAGCAGUGAGUGAAUACAGUAUUGGCAUUGAUACUGGAUGAAAACAAGCAGCAUGAAACUGUAGAGUUUUACACCAACACUUGUCAGACGAUCAUGAACUUUUUGCCUCUUGAUAGCUGGAGUGGCUGUGCACGUCCUGGAUUAUGCCAUCUCACAUCAGGCAGGUCAGAACAUGGAAGUAGUGAUAUGCAAUUUGCACGUGAAAUAUUUUAUGAAAAUAUGCAAUUGUUUUUUAACGUAAUGUCUGCAACCAUGUGCCUGUUGUAAUGUGUUGUAUGCAGUUGCUUUGUGCUUGUGUUGCCAUGAACAGUUUCUUUUAAGGAGAUAUUUCACUUUGACAUGGGCGGCUGGUAUGAAACUCAUUUUUCUGGUUCUUCCAGAGUAGAAUACAUUAAGUGAGAGUUCUGUAUCAGCUGCCCAUGACCUCAAGUGUACUGAAGUGUUUGUGUGGUGCCGUCACAGGAUUAUCACAUGACUUCAGUGCCAAUGUAAUAAGACAAAAGUGGAAUAGAGCUGUACAGGGUGUUGUCAUGAAACCUAAACCAUGAGUUCCUUCAGGUGUUUCCAAUAGGUUUUUAGAAUGGUGGUUUGUGAUUUAUGAAUAAGGCCAGUGGUUAACAUGACAAGAAUAUCACGUAGUGUUCUGCAACAUAAAUUACACACAUUCAUACCUCUGAUGUGCAUUUAAAAGCUGUUGUGUUUUUUAAAAACUCGUGUAUCUUUAACUACACUUUCUUACAAUCACCAACCCUCAAGUAAUCGAGUCUCACGAGCCAGCUCGCUUCGAGUUUGACAUGACAAAAUGAAUAACUUGUGGUUCAGUACGUUUUUCAUUAACUAAAAAGAACAAGCUGAUAUGUUUUGCAGCAUAGAUUCAAAAGAGCCAACUCAUGAGAGAAUCUGACUUCAUUGGUCGUGCUGUUCAUGACACAAGGUAUGAUUGUACAACUAAACAAAAGCCUUUACAAGUGAUGUCAAACAGACAUGAUUUUACUGAAAAACCCAGAAGAAUUCCUGAGGGAACCUGUGGUAAAUGUGUUGGCCUACAACGUCAUGAUAACUAAACUUAUUAAAUUCUUGAAAUGUUUUAUGGAUUUAA